AUGGAGCAUGCUUCCGGAGUUGGUGCUGACACUCAGUGGUUCAACACUACCAAACACCAAAAGCAUGCGCUUGUGACUGGCAUUGUCGAUAUUGAAAAAAGGCUCUUUGCCCUGCCGUUCGGGGCCACUGGCAGCCUAUAUUUUAAAGGCGACUUGCCUGUACAGCUACGCAGAGAACUAUAUAUGCCUGGUUCUACAGACGAGGGCGGAGAUUCCAACAUCUACUGCAUCGGCCCCAUCUGCGAUUAUAUGUUUUGGUACGGGCAGCGUAGUAACCUUGCUCUGGACCGUGGACCGUGGGAGAAUCCAACGCAGUACCUUUCUGCGGUUGCCACGAAAGAAGUUAAAUGGAUUGAACAAUUCGGGAAACCCCUUGAAUGUGACUUUCCACAUAACACUGUUUUUCCCGGGGUAAACUCCCAUCAAGAUUACCUGGAACUUCUUCAAAAGUAUCUUGCAAUCGCACCCUGCCUUCUUCCAAAAGAUCCCUCUAAUCCUCUCAACAGGCCAGUACUACGCCAUCCUGAUCUAACACCGGGUAACGUUUUUAUUUGCCCGGAUACUCAUAAAGUUAAAUGCAUCAUUGAUUGGCAACACACUGUCAUAAAGCCGUUAGCUCUUGCAGCUGGAUACCCGAGGCUUUUUGAAAAUCCCGACCCAGAGCCUCCUCAGGGUUUGGAAGCCCCAAAGUACCCAGAGGGUUAUGAUAAUAUGGAUACCGAGACAAAAGCUCAAAUCAAGGAGCUCGUGCGACGUCAAACCCUGUUCUAUCUUUAUCGGGUUUUCAAUGGAGGGCUUAACAAACCACAUCUAGCGGCUUUGCAAGAUCCUCUGUUUUCGCUACGCCAAUAUCUUGUGGAAUUUGCUGGUCGCCAAUGGGGAGGGAAUCUCAUGACAUUACGAGGUGCCCUAAUUCGUACCUUUGAGUCUUGGGAUUGUCUUCCUGGAAGGGAAAAUACCCAAAAAUGUCCCAUUGAAUUUUCAGAGCAAGAGAUUCAAAAACAAAACGAUGACGAACCUAUGUGGUGUAACUUGAACGCGCUCGUCCAACAAUGGCGCGAUGAGCUUGGUUCGAGCCGAAGCGUAUGA